UGAGCCCAGCGAGUGAUCAUCCUGUCUCUAGAGAAAAAAGAAGCAGCUGUUUUGAGUUUUCUUUCCUCUCUCUCUGUUAUUUCGUCACUAUUAGCAAUGGGCAAGUUUUGUUUUCCUUCAUGCUUUUGUUGCUCAUCCGCUUCACCCACUGCUUCUCAACAACCAACAAAUGCCGGGCCUUCUACGCCUUCAUCGUCUUCACAACCUUCCCAACAACCAGUCAAUGCUGGACCUUCCUCUGCGACUAUUGCCGAUUUGGAGAGAUUUCUACAGAAAUUCAAGGAUAUAAGCCAGCUUCACGAUCUGAUUCACUUUAUCGAAAAUCUAUUGAAAAUCGUUUCGGGAGACAAGACCGAAGGAGGAUCUAGUUCAACAGCAAGCUCUUGUAUCCAGGAUGGCCAAACAUUCUUGGAGUUUGUAGAUAAACACAUUAGCAAACUUCCUCAAAAGAAUGAUUCUAUAGAUAGUGCAAGUACAGAGAUAGAGAAGGUUGUUAUAAAUUUGCUGAAAGGCGCUGGAAAUAUUCAUUGGGUGGGGGCAGCACUUUCUGUGGUGGGAUUCGUAUUGGCCAGAUAUGGUGAGAUGCGUAACAACCAAAGAGAGUGUCUUGAGAUUUUGAAAGUUAUGGUUAAUCUUGGGAAGCAAAUUGUGAAGUUGAAUGAGCAAAUGCCAGAGGAGAAGGAGAAACUAAACGAGGCAGUCGAGUGCAUUGUUGUAGGAUGCAGCAUGUGUGCUUCCCAACUUGCAAAUGCCAAAAUUUUCAGGUUUCUUACAGCUUCGGUCAAUGCCGAUGGUUUAAAGGCUUUCCAAGCUAAAAUAGACCGCUUGUAUCAUGACCUCACAUUAUCGGCUGUAACUGAGAUACAUAAUAGAUUGCCAAAAAUUGCUUCGCUCUCAAAGAUUGCAUACAAACCAGCAGUUGGAAUUGAGGAGGGACUGGAGAAGGUACUUGAGCUUCUGGAUUUGAAUGCCCAACAUACAUCAGCACAGGCUGUGGUUGUCUAUGGAUUCGGAGGAAUCGGGAAAACGACACUGGCUGAUGCCGUUUAUGACCACAUUGAUCCCCAAUCUUGUAAGAAAUUCAGAAUUCACAUGGAUCAAGAUUGUACCAAAAAUGAUCUUAAAGUCCUCCAAGAGUUCAUUUUAGAAAAAAUGCUCAAUCAAAAUGUGAAAUUGACAGACUGUGGCCACGGUCGGCAAAUGAUCUGGUGGGUCUUCAAAACGAAUCCUGAUCAGCCUUUAUUUCUGUAUGUUGACAACGGUCUCAAAAUGACAGAUAUCAGACAACUUCUGCCUGAAGACUUGGGCAAUUGCCUUCCACCCAGAAGCAGAUUGCUCAUCACUACAAGAAAUCUUCAGGAGACAAACAUAUUUGUCUUCUGGAAUGUUCAGCGCCAACACUAUCUUGUGAAUCCUCUUCCAUACAUAGAGGCCAGAAAGAUUUUGCUGAAGAGAGCCAGCGAUUACAAUAAUGAACAGCAUAUACAUGACCUCCUCAAGUUGUGUGGUGGCGUUCCACUUCUGCUUGAAUUAGCUGCUGCUCAACUCGCUAUAAGUACUAAAAAUGCAAAUAUAAUGGUAUUAGAGUUGCUUAAAGCAGGGGAGAAGGUGCAAGAUAUAAGUGAUUGUAUGGUUGAUUUUGUGUACAACAGAUUAUUAGAACCAGUGAAAGAGGUUUUUCUAGAUAUUACAUGUUUCUUUUAUACUGGUCCAGAUUCACUUUAUAGUGAAGUGGAUUCAAUAGGAGAGGAGGAAUUCAGAGCUCUAGAGGAGGCGUCAUUAAUCAAGAGAUCUGAACAUGGUUUUAUGACUAUUCAUGACAUAAUUCAAGCAAGAGGGAAAAAAUUAUCAGAGCAAAACAGAAUCACAGACUCCGAAACUUUAUUAGAUUGUUUGAAUGAUGAAAAGAGACUCAAAAAUUUAAAGGGCAUCUAUUUUCGUGGACAACGUGAGCAGCCCCCAAUCGAAAUUAAUGCUGAUCAUCUUAAGUGUAUGAGCGAUUCCUUAAGAGUGCUAUUGUAUUCUGGAAGUUCGCCAAUACAAUUCACGGGGAAAUGUCAUAAGCCAUUUAAAGAACUCAGAUGCCUUUCUGUUCCCAGUGAAAUUUCUGACUUACCAAUAGAGUUUGUAAAACUUGAGCGUCUCGCUUACUACGGUGGCCCCUUCACACAAGCCAUGAGUUUAUAUGAGCUUCCUCCAUGCCUGCGUGUUAUGCACAUUACAUUUCAUGUGAAGAAGGGAGUUGCAGAUUCUAAAAUUUCUCCCAGAGUCACUUCAGCUUCUUCUCUUGUACAAUUAACCUGUUGGAGUUUGGCAAAUAUGCAAAUGUUACCAGAAGGAUUGGAAAACCUGACAAAGUUAGAGAAAUUAGUAUUAUAUGGAUGUUACCAGUUGAGGGAACUUCCUUCCAAAUUUGGGGAACUCAUAAAUCUAAAAGACUUGUCGCUCUGGGAUUGCAAUGAAUUGAAAGAGUUGCCUUCAGAAUUCGGGCAACUUAACAAUCUAAAAAGGUUGGUUCUAUCGGAGUGCCCCCAAUUGAAAGAGUUGUCCUCAGAUUUUGGGCGACUUAGCAAUUUGACAGAAUUGCAAUUAGGGGGCUGCUCUACAUUAGGUGUUUUGCCUUCCAGCUUUGGGCAACUUAGCAAUUUAAAAGAUAUGUAUUUUAAUGACUGCUCGAGCUUAAGUGUAUUGCCUCCUAGCUUUGGGCAGUUUAACAAUUUGAUAAAUUUGGCUUUAAAAGGUUGCUCUGCAUUAACUUUAUUGCCUUCAGGAUUUGGGCAACUCAAAAGUCUGGAAGAUAUACAAUUGAACCACUGUUCUGGAUUAAAAGAUUUGCCUUCUGACUUUGGACAACUCCAAAAUCUGAAAAGGUUAAAUUUGAGCCACUGUUCUGGAUUGAAAGAAUUGCCUGCAGGGUUUGGGCAACUCAAAAGUCUGAAAAAGUUAGAAUUGAGCCACUGCUCUGGGUUGAAAGAAUUGCCUGCAGGGUUUGGGCAACUCAAAAGUCUGAAAGAGUUAGAAUUGAGCCACUGCUCUGGGUUGAAAGAAUUGCCUGCAGGGUUUGGGCAACUCAAAAGUCUGGAAGAGUUAGAAUUGAGCCAGUGCUCUGGGUUGAAAGAAUUACCUUUUGAUUUUGGACAACUCAAAAAUUUGACAAAAUUAGAUUUGAGCCACUGUUCCGGCUUAGAGGAAUGGCCAUUAAGCUUCAAAGAUCUCACAGGGAUUAAAAACAUAAAUUUGACAGGUUGUCAGAAAUUAAAAGAAUCACUGCCCAAUAACAUCAGCGGAAAUUGUUCUACAUAAAUUUGACAGGUUGUCAGAAAUUAAAAGAAUCACUGCCCAAUAACAUCAGCGGAAAUUGUUCUAUCUUAUUUGAUUAAUUGAUUUCUUAGACAAUUUACCCCUUUGUUAAUUUGAGACAAUUUUUCAAAUUGAAAAAAAAAAUCAGUACUGGCGCAUAUAAGAUAUGCAAUUU